AUGCGGAAUAAUUUACCACCUAUGACGUCAUUAUCGUUACAGACCGAAAAAAUUGGCGCACUCUAUCGCCACCACGUGGACUUGAUCACAAACUUACAAAUACUCACACCCACAGUAGCGUCAUUAGCAAUAGAAGUAAUAGCAGUAUCAGUAGCAGCGGUAGCAGCAGAACGAGUAGAAGUAACAGACGCAGCUAUAGCAGUAGAAGUAGCAGUAGCAGCAGUAGACGUACCAAUAGCAGUAGUAGCAGAAGCAGAGGUAGCAAUAGCAGUAGUACAAGUAGAAGCAGUAGCAGUUGUAGUAGUAACAGUAUUAGCACAGGUACCAGUAGCAGCAGUAACAGUAACAGAUGCACAGAAAUGUGAAAUCGGCAGUAGCAGUAGCAACACUAAAAGUAGCGGUAGUAGCCGAGACAGAAAAGCAGUAGUAGCAGUAGCAGCAGCAGCAGUCGUAGUUGAAGUAGUUCUUUUACCAGUAGCAGCAGUUAUGGAAGCAGCAGUAGCAGUAAAAGUAGCAGUAGCAAUAGGAGCCGUAGCAGUAACAAUAGUAUUAGUUGCAGUAGCAGAAGCAGAAGUACUUGUACCAGAAGCAGCAGUUACAGUAGCAGUAGUGACAAAACUUCUAGCAGCAGUAGCAGUUGCACUAUCAACAUUAUCAGUAGCAGCAGCAGCAAUAACAGAAACACAAGAAGCAGUAGCAGCAGUAGCCGUAGCAGCAGUAGCAGAGGCAGCAAUAACAAUAGCACAAGUAGCAGUAGCAGAAGUUGCAGCAGUAGCAGCUUCAGUAGUAGCAGUAGCAUCAGGCAGCAGCAGCAGUUAUAGCAGCUGCCGUAGCAGUUAUUGCAGCAGUGGCAGCUUCCAUAGUAGCAGUAGCAGUAGCUCUAGUAGCAAAGAGAUAAAAUUAGCAGAAGAAGCAGCAGUCGCUGUACAAAUAUCAUGGAACUGGCAGUAG